UGAUUGCUCUCCAGAUCCCAAAGGUCAAACGCCAGCGCACCGUGACAUUCACAGGCACCUGCGCCACCCCAGCGACUACCACGACAACAACACUACUACUACUCCGCCCGCUUUCUUAUUAUAACUCGCCUGCUCCGCCUCGCCCGCUUCGCCUACCACCACCAAACACCAAAACAAACAUCCACCACCACAACCACCACUAUGUAUACCACCACCGCUCCCGUCUGCAUCCCCUCCUCGGCUCGCUCCAGCAGCAUGUCUUCCAACGACUCUCUCUCUGGCUCGCCUCGUGGCUCCUCCACCCCGGCUUCGUCCUGCGCCUGGCCCAGCUGGCCCUCGGGCAAGUCCUUUGGUUCGCCUCCCAGCUCCUUCAUCAGCGACGAGGACCUUUUCGGCGACGACUUCUUUGGCAGCAUCCCUCUUCUGGAAGAGGCCCCUGCUCCUCCCCGCAUGCAUGUCAUGCCUCAGCCGCCCGCUGCGCCGCUUCAGCCGCUGUACGCCAGCCCUAAGCACAGGAGCAGCUCCAAGAGCCAGAGGCGCAACUCCAAGCCCAUGGAGGCUAUCUCCGAGACGCCCAGCAAGGGCCCGGAAUAAGUAGGUGCUCAGUAGCGAGCGACGGCAAAUAUUCAGGAAACUGCUCUAUUUUCCCGUCAUCGCUGUAACCAUCCACCGAAGACAAGCAUUAGCCCCGAC